AUGGAGCGAGACUACGACAGAGCGAGACUACGGCAGAGCGAGACGGUGACAGAGCGAGACUACGGCAGAGCGAGACUACGACAGAGCGAGACGGUGACAGAGCGAGACUACGUCAGAGCGAGACAACGGCAGAGCGAGACUACGACAGAGCGAGACGGUGACAGAGCGAGACUAUGGCAGAGCGAGACUGCGACAGAGCGAGACAACGGCAGAGCGAGACGCCGACAGAGCGAGAUGGCGACACAGAGCGAGACGGCGACAGAGCGAGACGGUGACAGAGCGAGACUACGACAGAGCAAGACUAUGGCAGAGCGAGACUACGACAGAGCGAGACUACGACAGAGCGAGACUACGACAGAGCGAGACUAUGGCAUAGCGAGACUACGGCAGAGCGAGACUACGGCAGAGCGAGACUACGGCAAACGAGACAAAGGCAGAGCGAGACUACGGUGGAGCGAGACUACGGUGGAGCGAAUGUCAUCAGUCCUAAAACGCUUUCAUUUCGCCACAAACUGA